UGAUUUUGAUUCCGUUCUGUGGAAGAUUCGCUUCGCUGUCGAUUGCGGCUCAGUGGUCUGCAGUGGUCUGCAUCGAUUUCCACUCAGACUUCUAAGUAAUUUCCAUUUAGACUUCGCUACGCUAACAGUGAUUCAGACUUUGUUUAACAAACAGUGGCAAAUCUGGCCGUAUUGUCCGCUGAAAAGCGGCAAGAGCUAAUUUAAUAGAAGAAGAAGAGAAGAAGAAGAUUCGCUGUCACUUGAUGAAAUUCAGCAAGAUGAACAUCACUUCAGCAGCUGGCAUAAUCUCCUUAUUGGAAGAACCGAUGCCUGAAUUGAAGGUCUUUGCCUUGAAAAAGUUGGACAUGAUAGUUGAUGAAUUCUGGCCUGAAAUUUCUGAAGCUAUAGAGAAAAUUGAGAUCCUGCACGAAGAUAAAUUAUUUCAACAACAUGAGUUAGCCGCUCUAGUUGCCAGCAAAGUAUAUUAUCAUUUGGGGAGUUUCGAGGAUUCGUUGACUUAUGCCCUUGGAGCGGGAGAGCUAUUUGAUGUCAAUGCUCGAAAUGAAUAUGUCGACACUACUAUUGCCAAGUGUAUUGAUUAUUAUACUCAGCAACGUGUCUUGGAAGCGGAAGGAAAACUUCCACCAGGCAGCAAGGGUAUUGAUCCCAGACUGGAGGGAAUAGUAAAUCGAAUGUUCCAACGUUGUCUGGAUGAUAAUCAGUAUCGUCAAGCCUUGGGCCUUGCUUUGGAGACACGCAGGAUGGACAUAUUUGAAGCGGCUAUUAUGCAGUCUGACGAUGUGAGUGGAAUGUUAUCGUAUGCCUUUCAAGUGGCCAUGAGCCUGAUUCAGAAUCGUGGAUUUCGUAACACUGUACUCCGCUGCUUGGUUAGUCUCUACCGAAAUCUUGGUACGCCCGAUUAUGUCAACAUGUGCCAGUGCCUAAUCUUCCUGGACGAUCCGCUGGCCGUGGCCGAGCUUCUGGACCGAUUGAGCAAGGGUUCGCACGACUGUGUGCUGAUGGCCUAUCAGAUUGCCUUCGACUUAUACGAGUCUGCAACUCAGCAGUUUCUCGGUCGUGUUCUGCAGGCUCUGCGAGCUACUGCACCCAUUCCGGGCGCGUUAAUGGUUAAACCGGUGGUUAAGCCAUCUGCUGCCGUCGCUGCCAAAACCACGGAAGCUAGCACAGAAUCCGCGAAUAUGGAGGUGGAGGAAGAAACUGCUGCUCCUGCCGGGGAAGAAAAAGCUCAGCGCAGCAUCGAGAGUUUGAAUGCAGAGGAGAGAGAACAGCAAGAGCGUGUUGAUGCUCUAUCCAGUAUUCUUGGUGGCGAAGUAUCUAUCGAUUUACAUCUGCAGUUUCUGAUUCGCAGCAAUCAUACCGACAUGCUGAUCUUGAAAAACACCAAAGAUGCCAUACGAGUCUCAAUUUGUCACACUGCCACUGUUAUUGCGAAUGCUUUUAUGCAUUCCGGGACGACAAGCGAUCAAUUCCUAAGAGACAAUUUGGAGUGGUUGGCCCGCGCCACUAAUUGGGCGAAGUUGACGGCGACAGCUUCUUUGGGAGUUAUUCACCGGGGUCAUGAACAAGAAGCUUUAGCCCUGAUGCAGUCUUAUUUGCCAAGAGAUUCUGGUGCCGCCGGUGCCGGAUACUCUGAAGGCGGUGGUUUAUAUGCUUUGGGACUUAUACAUGCUAAUCACGGGGCCGCUAUCACAGACUACCUCUUAGGCCAAUUAAAAGAUGCUCAAAACGAGAUGGUCCGCCAUGGUGGCUGUCUUGGCCUUGGAUUAGCCGCUAUGGGCUCACAUAGACAAGAUGUUUACGAACAAUUAAAAUUCAACUUGUAUCAAGAUGAUGCCGUGACCGGUGAAGCGGCUGGAAUCGCCAUGGGAAUGGUCAUGCUGGGAUCCAAAUCAACGCAGGCGAUCGAAGAUAUGGUUGCGUACGCCCAAGAGACGCAGCACGAGAAGAUCUUGCGUGGCUUGGCGGUCGGUAUCGCCUUCACGAUGUACGGCCGCCUCGAGGAAGCUGAUCCUCUAGUGACGUCUUUGUGCGCCGACAAGGAUCCGAUCCUGCGUAGGAGCGGUAUGUACACUCUGGCGAUGGCUUAUUGCGGCACCGGAAACAACCAAGCCAUCCGCAAACUCCUACACGUUGCCGUUUCUGAUGUUAACGAUGACGUUCGACGAGCCGCGGUUACGGGUCUGGGCUUCCUGCUGUUCCGGACUCCGGAGCAAUGUCCUAGUGUGGUGUCCCUCUUAGCGGAAAGCUAUAAUCCUCAUGUGCGGUAUGGCGCAGCGAUGGCUUUGGGUAUCGCCUGCGCGGGUACCGGCCUGAAGGAAGCUAUUGCUCUAUUGGACCCAAUGACUAAUGAUCCUGUGAAUUUCGUCAGGCAAGGUGCGCUGAUCGCAUCUGCCAUGAUUUUGAUCCAGCAGACGGAAUCCACGUGUGCCCGUGUUAAAGAUUUUAGAGCAUUAUAUGCUAAGGUCGUCGUGGACAAACACGAGGACGUGAUGGCCAAGUUUGGAGCAAUUUUGGCGCAAGGGAUCAUCGACGCCGGUGGUCGUAACGUAACUGUAUCUCUGCAAUCGCGUACGGGACAUACGAACAUGCUGGCGGUGGUCGGUGCUCUGGUAUUCACUCAAUACUGGUACUGGUUCCCACUUGCGCAUUGCUUGGCUCUGGCUUUUACGCCGACGUGUCUGAUCGCUCUGAACGCUCAGCUAAAGAUGCCCAAAUUGGAGAUUAAAUCAAAUGCUAGGCCAAGUAUGUAUGCUUAUCCCGCGCCUCUCGAAGAGAAGAAGAGGGAGGAACGAGAGAAGGUUACGACCGCCGUUCUUAGUAUCGCGGCUCGUGCCAGAAGACGCGAGACUGAAAGGAAAGCCAGGGACUCUCAUGAAAAGAUGGAAGUGGAUCCGCCGUCGGAGACGAAAGAGCUUCAUGAGGUAAAGGAAGCUGCGUCGUCUUCAAAGGAGAAGGAUGACAAGAAGAAGGACGAGAAAGAGACUAAGGAAACCAAGGAAACCAAGGAGAAACCCGAGAAAAAAGUGGUAAAAGACGAUGAAAAGGAGAAGAAGGAGCCCGAGCCGAGUUUCGAGAUCCUCCAGAAUCCUGCGCGUGUUCUGCGCCAGCAAUUGAAGGUCAUACAGCUGGUUGAAGGCAGCCAUUAUACUUCUGUUAAGGAUCUUCAGAUCGGCGGCAUCGUCAUGGUUAAGCACACGCAGACGGACACCGAGGAGGAACUCGUCGAGCCCGUCGCCGCUUUCGGACCGAAACCGGAAGAAGAGAAGGAAGCCGAACCGCCCGAACCCUUUGAGUAUACCGAGGAUUAAAGGCCGGAAACAUGUGUCAGCCCGUUCCGUUAUCCUGUCGUCCGCCAUUCGUCAUUGCGAUGGCAUCGCAAUACGCUCGUCGUCACCUUUCGUUAAUAACCUCACGUCUCUUUUUUAUAUUCGGUUUUCCUAGCGUGUCUAUUUAAUCAGCGGAAUACUCUGCCAGCUGUAAUAAAGCUGUUGCGUCAGACUUA